AUGUCCGUGAAAAGGUCUAUUUCUGAAAUCGAAAUUGAAAGUGUCCAAGAUCACCCUUCUGUUGCCGUGGGAAGUUUCUUUAAAGGUUUCCGUGCCCCCAGUGAAACUACGUUCGACUUGUACAAAAAGAAGAAAUCAAGUAACGACGAAUUUUUAUUGCACGGUGAGAAUGAAAGAUUAGAGUACGAAGGCGCCACGGAUUCUGUCUCCCAAGGUUCGAACCAAUACGUCGUCGGCCUAUACAAUUCAGAAAAGAAAAGUAUUCAGCUCUACAAGGCUCCAGUUCUUGUAUCCAAAGUUGUGUCUAAAUCUAGCAAGAAUCUAAGAGGUCCCAAGAUCAAGAGUAAGAGUGAUUCUCGUCCAUCUGCUCUAAGAAAUGCGUUAGGUGAAGCAUUCGGUACUAAAAAGGCUAAAAAAGCUAUUGCAGAUUUGGAAAGAAAUCGUAUUGACUCUGAUAAGUUGACUGAUUCUGCUGUUGAUAUUGUUGAUUCAGUGAGAACUGCAUCCAAAGAUCUACCAACAAGAGCUCAAUUGGAUGAAAUUACUUCUAACGACAGACCCACCCCAUUGGCCAAUAUCGAUGCCACUGAUGUAGAACAAAUUUACCCAAUUGAAAGCAUAAUACCAGAGAGGGAAUUACAAUUUAUUCGUGUUUCACCAAUCUUGAAAGAAGCCGACACGGAAAAGAAAUUGGAAUUGUUCCCAUACCAAAAUAAUUCCAAAUACGUAGCAAAGAAAUUGAAUACAUUAACACAGCCUUCACAGAUGACCAAGUUACAGCUGUUAUACUACUUAUCUCUACUGUUGGGUGUUUACGAGAAUAGACGCGUGAACAAUAAAAUUAAGUUGCUAGAAAGAUUGAAUAGUCCGCCUGAAAUUCUGGUGGAUGGUAUCUUAAGCAGGUUCACUGUGAUAAAACCUGGCCAAUUUGGAAGAUCCAAAGACCGUUCCUACUUUAUUGACCCACAAAAUGAGGAUAAAAUAUUAUGCCACAUCUUGACAAUCAUCCUGCAUUUGGAUAACUUCAUCGUUGAAAUUACUCCAUUAGCACACGAGCUAAACUUAAAACCUUCCAAGGUUGUCAGUUUGUUCAGAGUACUCGGUGCCAUCGUCAAAGGUGCCACAGUGGCUCAGGCUGAAGCUUUUGGUAUUCCAAAAAGUACUGCUGCCUCCUAUAAGAUUGCCACUAUGAAAGUUCCAUUCAAGUUACCUGAAAUGACCAGAAGAGGAAGAGGUCCAAGACGUUAA